AUGAGCAACCAAACAAGUACAACGGAUUCAACAUUUAAAAUGCCUAUGGCACCUCCAGCUUAUCCUUCGCAAUCUGAAGCUUUACUUUUUCAAGACAUUAUAGAAGAGAAAACUAUUGCACUUCACAGUAUAUUGAAUGAAUUUUUAAAGGUCCAUCCUUAUCGUAAAUUUGAUAUCGAAUUUAAUACGUUUUUAAAACGUGUAAAACGCCUUAUCAUUGAUGGGCAUCGUACUGGUGCUAAUGUCUCUCGGAUUACCAAUUCAUCACAUAUCGCUCCAUUUUACGCUAGGCCAUCAGCAAGUUUCAAUUACAGGCCAUCUACAAGUUUUAACUAUAGACCACCAACCACUAUGUCGAUGGUUAGUUCUAGCGACCAAAGCAUGUUGAGAUUACCAGAAAAUAAUUUUCAUUCCAUCGAAUCUAGCGAAGUUUUAAAUCCAUUUAAACCGCCAGAUUGUCUUCAACCUAAAGUGGUAUUAAGUCGUAUUGAACAGUCAAGCUGUGUUUCUCAAGAGUCACCUUCCAGAAGUUCCACAGUUAUGAAAGUAAGCCAAAAUCAUAAUGUUACUGUUGAAGAAAAUAAUACUCGUGAAAUUACUCAGCAAUCUAAAUCUCUAUCAACAAAUCAACCAACUGCACGUAAUACAUAUUCUGAUGUAACAUUUGAAGAGAAUAAAUCAGUAUCUGAAUCACAUAAAAAUGAAAACAUGAAUGAUGAUAAUAAUUCAAUUGAAUCACUUCUUGAAGAUGUUGGAUUUAAAAUUAUUGUUGGAUUAACAGAAAAUAAAAAUGAGACCUCAAAAAAGAGUGAUGCAAGUCAACAUCAAAACAAUCAAUUAAAUGUAUUAGAAAAUGUUGAAAAAUUCCUGUCUAUGUGGUCUUUAAAUGUGAAACUAAUCAAAUCAUCAGAACAAUCAUCAAAAUAUGUUUUAAUUUUAACCGGAAAUUUGUUGGGAGAAGAUAAGCAAACACUUGUUGAAAAGCGUCACGAAGCUGGUGUUUUAGAAGGCAGAAAAGAAAAUAGUUUAGUCAAAACCAAAAAUGGACUAUACCGUUUGGUUGGCAAUAUCAUUAGUGGAUCACCUAACGAACUAUAUCAAACAUGCUUAUCUGUCAAUGGCAUUCCAAGGACAUGGAGAAAAAUUGUGAAACAACUAACUGGGGUUGAGAAUAAAACAAAACAAAUGUUUGAUUUUUCGAUAAGUUCCCCUGCUGGACCAAUUGCCAAACCAAUAAAAUCUGCUGUAAAUCUUGAUGCAAGUAUGACCAGAAAAGGAACAACUUACAGUAAAAAUAUUUCGCUUGCAAAUCACAAAGCUAAUAUAAAAAGAAAAAUGUCUGAAUAUGCUGAAACUGAACAUAAUAAAAUUAAACAUCGUAGAUUCUGUGAACAUACGCCAUUAUUACUAGCAUCCACACCAAAAAAACCAAAAAAACAGCCCACUAUGUUUGAAACUCCAAGUCAAAUUUUGAAAAAGAAGAUAAGUCAGAAUCUAAGCAAUAAUCCGAACAAACGACAAAAGCUGGAUAGUGUUAACGAUUCUAUAAAUAUAAACAAAAGAAGACAAUCUCAGUUGAAAGAACAGACAAACAUAUUUUUGAAGCCAAAAGCACCUGAAAAAACAUCAAUGAGUAGUAUUAAUAAUACAAAAUAUAUCAAUCAAACAUCAAUAAAUAAAUCAAAAAUAUUGAACAGUUAUAAAAGCAGUGCUGCAAAAUCAAAAAAUAAUACACUAGAAAACUCAUCUGUAACAAAAAACCAUACCAAACAACAAUCUAAAAUGAAAACAACCAUAAACUCUACCAAUAGCAGUGUAGACAUAUCUAAACUUAAAACGAGUUUACUUUCCAAAUCUAAAGAAAAAGAAAAAACCAUAGGCUCCACCAAUAGCAGUAUAGACAAAUCUAAACUUAAAACAAGUUUACUUUCCAAAUCUAAAGAAAAUGAAAAACCCAUAAACUCCACCAAUAGCAGUGUAGGCAAAUCUAAACUUAAAACUAGUUUACUUUCCAAAUCUAAAGAAAAUGAAAAACCCAUAAAGCAAAAAUCACCACAAAUGCCCAAGAAUAAAACAACUAUAAAACAAGUAAGCAUUGUGAAAGAAAUUAAAAAAAAAAAAGUAUCGGCGUCAGCAAUUUCUCUCAAUAAAAGUAAUAACAAAUGUGUAAAGGCAAUCAGAUCUAAGAAAAAUAAAUGUGAUGAAAUUUUGAACAGUGAUACACAUAAAAAGUUGAAAGUAGAUAAAUCUAAAACCAAACAAAUGCAUUGCCCCAACAGCUCGUCAACAGAACCGGACCUUUUUGGUUCCAUAGACCAUGCUGAUUAUGGUAAUGUCAGUGAUUAUAAUUUUAUGGCAUCCCCAGGGAAAUUAAGUGUAGCAUCAGGUAAUGACCUAUCCAGGAGUGUAACGCCUCCAUUGUUCAGUUAUCAAUGGAAUUCAACCGCCAAACCUUCAGCCAUUAGUGAACCACCCACCCCACUGAGUAAAUCAAUUGAGGCCAAAGCAUUGAAAAGAGUCAAAGCUCCCAAAAUUACACUGGAAGAUGAAAUAAAAUACAACAAAAAACGAAACACCAAACGAUCCAUUGAUUUCAAAACAGCCUCAGAUAAAAUAAACAAAAUGUUGGAAUUUGGAAAUGAUGAAGAUGAGGAUUAA